UUAUAAAUUUACAUUAGAUUUUUAUCUAGUAAUAUUUAGUUAGUGCCGAAAUCGAUCACAGUAUAGAACGAAGGGCGCUGUUUCUUGUUGUCGUUUCUCUCAAGAACUGAAAACAUGGCUGAGGCAGAAGAAACUCAAAAGAAAAAGAGGACUUUCCGAAAGUUCACCUUUCGAGGAGUUGAUCUCGAUCAACUCCUUGAUAUGCCAAAUGAACAACUUAUGGUUUUGAUGCAUGCCCGUGCUCGAAGACGAUUUUCUCAUGGUCUAAAAAGAAAAUCUAUGGCUUUGGUAAAAAAGUUACGUAAGGCAAAAAAGGAAACACCACCGAAUGAAAAACCAGAAAUUGUUAAAACUCAUUUACGUAAUAUGAUUAUCGUACCAGAAAUGGUAGGCUCAAUUGUUGGUGUUUAUAAUGGUAAAACAUUUAAUCAAGUUGAAAUUAAACCCGAAAUGAUCGGUCAUUAUUUGGGAGAAUUUUCUGUUACUUAUAAACCUGUAAAGCAUGGUAGACCAGGUAUUGGUGCUACUCAUUCUUCAAGAUUUAUUCCACUAAAGUAAUUUAUAUUUGUAAUGUGAAUAAACUGUACAAAAAAUAA